AUGAAGCGAUGGCGAGAUCAGUAUGCAUUCAAGCUCCGUGAUGUCAUAAUUUGUGCAGAGCAAUCAUUCUACUCUCUGCGUGUAGGAUUGUGGCUUGAAUACCGGUACUACAUCAAAGCCAUGUACAUGAUACAGUCCCCCAUAUGCCCGAACGCCGCGCGCCUUGUGAAAGAAAGGAGCCAUUAA